AUGCCGCCCCUCCUGGUCGCCCUCUUCCUCCUUCACUCCUGCUUCCCUCAGGGAGAUGGCCACCUCCGUGAAGGCCUGACAUUGCUGAAGACAGAGUUUGCACUUCGCCUCUACCAGAGCGUGGCAGCAGGUAGAAACGGGACGAACUUUGUCAUCUCUCCUGCUGGCGUGUCCCUCCCCCUGGAGAUCCUGCAGUUUGGAGCCGAAGGGCGCACUGGCCGGCAGCUGGCAGACGCCCUGGGCUACACCGUGCAAGACCAAAAGGUGAAAGACUUCUUGCAUGCCGUGUAUGCCACACUACCCAACUGCAGCCAAGGUGCCGAGAUGGAGCUGGCCUGCAGCCUUUUUGUGCAAGUGGGAACGCCGCUGUCCCCCUGCUUUGUGGAGCAGGUCUCCUGGUGGGCCAACAGCAGCCUGGAGCCAGCCAACCUCAGCGAGCCCAACGCCACCACCAUCCCGGCCAACGCAGGGGCCUCCAGACAGACUGCAGGUGAGGGCCCAGUGGGCUCACCGGGGGAGCAGGUGGGUGCAACCUCGGCGCAGCUGGCGCUCGUCAGCACCAUGUCCUUCCAAGGCACUUGGCGGAAGAGGUUCUCCCCCACAGACACAAAGCUCCUGCCUUUCACCUGUGCCCACGGCCUGGUCCUCCAGGUCCCCAUGAUGCACCAAACGGCCGAGGUCAACUACGGUCAGUUCCAGGAUGCUGCAGGCCAUCAGGUGGGGGUGCUGGAGCUGCCUUACCUGGGAAGUGCGGCAAGUCUGUUCCUGGUGCUGCCCCGUGACAAAGACGUCCCCCUGGGUCACAUUGAGCCACACCUCACAGCCAGCAUCAUCCGCCUCUGGACCACCAGCCUGAGGAGAGCCAGGAUGGACGUGUUCCUCCCCAGAUUUAGGAUCCAAAAUCAAUUCAACUUAAAAAGUAUUUUAAAUUCUUGGGGAGUCACUGAUCUUUUUGAUCCACUCAAAGCCAACUUGAAAGGAAUUUCAGGCCAAGAUGGCUUUUAUGUUUCUGAAGCGAUCCACAAUGCCAAGAUUGAGGUUUUAGAGGAAGGCACCAAGGCAUCUGCAGCUACAGCUCUGUUGCUACUGAAAAGGUCUCGGAUUCCCGUUUUUAAAGCAGAUCGGCCAUUCAUCUUUUUCCUGAGAGAACCCCAUACAGGUACUACAGUAUUUUUUGACAGGAUUCAGAUAAAUAUUUAUCAGUGUCUAACAACAAGGGUUCAUUUGUCCACUACAGACUAA